UAUUAUGCAUUCUACGCCUAACCAAGUGUAUGAUCAUCCUAUGAGUUCGCUUCUGACGUUUUAUCUUGAAAGAAAUAACCGGAAACUAAAUGAUGUACCUUGUUUUUUACUUUCCUUGAGAAGUUUCCCGUUUUUUUCCCCAAGUUUUGGAAAUCUUUUCCAAAAGUUGUGCAGCAACGGUAAUCACGCAACUUGUUUUCGUGUACACCUCUUUGAAACUGCAUCCAUUGUUUUGUGUGGAAAUAUCCGCAUAUAUGUAAGACGUUGUCGUGAUCUGCCACAAUCGAACUUUUCCAAAACAACAAAAAAAGCGGUUGCGAGUGUUUUCAAUCGGUGAUUUUAACAGCCAGAAAUGCAGCCAGCUAGCUAGCGGCUCUCCCCGGUGAGAGUGGCACACCGAUGUACGAAUGCUUCAGGUAGGCUUCAUCGCGAAACGGAUCCCAAUAUGGUUCAUGCUCUUGGACAUCCAAGUGUCGUGUUGCUUUCCACCGCCCGUUGACUCGCGUUGUCGUCGCGAUGGACCGUUAGCUGCCGCCGGGCUGGAGUCCGGAGCCGAGCGUCAGAGCCGUUGUAACGGUAACGGUAACGUCACGUCUCAGGACGCGUCGCGGUACACGACUCUACCGGCACAGGAGAGGCACUCCAGCAUCCUUGUAAUGCAACAGGACGAGCGUGGGAAAUCAGCUGAGCUGGCUUUUUCUAGGAUGGAUGGUGCGACGGACAUGAAGGGGCCCAUGGUGUUGUCUGCAGAGGGCCGACUGUCCUCCUCAGCUUCUGCUGGUCCUUGGGAUCACUCUUUUUACACGCCGCUCACCUUCAUGUGGAAAAUCUUGCACCAACGGAACCGCAGAAGCACUCUCACCAGAUACAACCCGAGCCUCCCUCUGCCUCAGACUCAGAGUAUGGCACCUCCAUCCGCAUUUGGGGUCAAAUUUCACAAGUGUGCACAGGUAAAGGUGGACACCGAUCCUCCUCAACUGACGUUCUUCCUGCUGAUUCACAACAUGGGCCCAUUGGGUGGCACCAACCUGUCUCAGGUGGCUAUCCGGGACUCCAUUUCUGGAGUAGUACCCAUAAAAUCUGAAGGCCGAGUGGUGGAAAGAGGCUACCAGACAUUUGCCAUUGAUUCGUUGUCUGCUGGAUCCCAAGUUGUUGUCAACUAUACUGCUCACAUAAGGAAUCUUAAGAGUGAAGUCAUGGACCUUCCAGCCUUUGUCACCUUUUCCAACGCCUCACAGAACGAUGUCAGUAUGUUUGGUCCAUUAACGGCUAAUCUAACCUUAAGGGUAAAUUCCACCGACAGUAUUCAUCCUAACCCCAGGGUUUAUUUAGCUGCGUUUGUUGCUGGGUUCUUUGUUACACUGAUGCUGCUGUCGCUGGGAUUUCUGGCCAUGAACCUGAUAGGUCUCAGAACCAGGCUGACCCUUCUUCAACAAAGGAGAAACAGAGGUGAUCCAGAACCGGAAUAUGCAGAAUGCAACAUGAGUGAGGCCGUAAAAGAUGAGGCCGCAUUUGAGGACAAGAUGGUGGACACAAUGGUGCUGGAGGAUCCCCAGAAUAUGUACCAGGCUUUGGAGAACCUCCAAAUGUCCACCCUGCUGCACGCCACCAAUAACCUGGAGGCCACGCGGAUUCAGAUCUACAGGGACGUGAUGUCCUCCCUGCUGGGGGGCCUGCGUUCCCAGGGCCAGCAGAGGCUCCUUAGUGUGCUCCACGGACAGAUGCUGGGCAUGGAGGGUCGGCUGAAGGAGGAGCGAGAGGCCCGAAUGGCUGCUCUGGCUGGCCGCUGUAACCAGGAGACCCGGGAAGAAAUGGAAGCCGAGCACCGCGCAGACGCUGCUCAGAAGGCCCGGGCCGAGCUGCUGUGUCAACGUGCCAACCAACAGGAACUCCUCCACUGCAGUGUCCUCCUGGAGAAGCUGCACAAGCUGAGCCAGAGUCAGCUCCAGCGCAUGCUGUUGGUCAGACAUGAGGAAGCCUCGGGGAAGGUCCAGAGGCAGAUUGUUGAGUGGCGUCGGGUGGAGUUGCACAAGAUUUUCACUGAGGAACUGGAAGAGGCCACCAGGAUGGGCGAGCUGGAGAAGAGCACAGCCAAGAGUCUGCAGCACGAUUACUUUGCCUCUCAGGAUCAGCUAGAGGAGGUGCUGGACGUGGUCCUCGCCAACCAGCGCUAUGUGCUCGCUGAACGCCAUGCACAGAGGAAGUUCUUGGUGCACAGCCUUCACAGCCUCAACAACCUCAUUUCUGACAGCUUCUCCAGCACCUCCAGCAAUCUGGACAGCUGGUUUACUCACAUCAGGAGGGGGAGCAGCGUGCCUUCAGAGCAGAUGGACCAGCUACAGGACAAGGCCCAGAAAGAGCUGGUAAUGGUGAGGCAGAGACUGGAAGAGGCAUUGAGCCAGGAGAGAAGAGCCAUGCGCUGUGGACUGAUUAAGAAGAGGCGGGAGCUCAUCUCUGACUUGUUACGGGUCCACAAACAGAGACAGAAGGAUCUGUCGGUUGUCUCCAAGGAUCUGGAGGGAAAGCAAGAUGUAGCUCAGCACCUGCACUGUUGGCAGAACUUCCUGACAGCUCACAGUUUGGAACUAGCAGAGCUUAUCAACAACCUGGAUGAGGAGGCUGCUGCAGACAUCCGCAAGGUGACCAUGCGUGUGAUUCAGGGUGCCGUAACAGAAAUCAAAGCCAUCCAACCAUCUGCAGCUCAGGCCUGGCUAACACUCUUGCCUCCAGGGGCGCAACGUGCCCUGCCGCAGGUGGAGCCAGAGGCAGGAGGGAGCACUCUCUUGCAGGGCCAGGAAAGGCUGCACCAGGAAGGCAAGGCCGCCUUACACACCCUAAGCUGCACUAGAGCUGCUCUCAGGGAGGCCAUGGAGAGAGAGCUGCAGGAGCAGAGAGAGCUCAGGGCGCACUGCAGAGCUUUCUUCAGUUGUUUGUGUUCGUCCCAGCUGACUCUGUCUGAAGAUGACCGGCUCCGGAUGAAACUCGAGUUUCAGAAGCGCCUGUCUGUGAUGGACCUGUGUCUGGUGCUGCCCCACGCUGUCUCCAGAACCAAACUCCACACCGCUCUGGCGGCUUGGAGGAAGGAGAGGGAGCAGCAGAUGACUUCGAUAUCUAAGGGGAAAUCCAGCGAGGCCAGACAGAAAACAGACACAUCUGACCUGCUACUUUUUAAAAAAAGGCUCGAAGAUGGAAUCCAACUCUUUGAGAGGGAGAAGGAGAUGGAGAGGACCGUCAUGGACAAGGUGAUGGAGGAGAUGCGUACGGAGAGGGAGAGCGACCUGCGCUCUCAGGGCGCCAGCCUGGCAAUGCAGAUGGCUGCCAUCCACUACCAGAAGGCAGAGAGGAGGACCAAAGUCUUGGAGACUUGCAGAGCAAUGCUCGCUCUGCACAGCCUGCUCAUUCAGCAGCUCAGAGAGAGACAGAGCCUGGAGAGCCAAGACAUGGCACAGAGCAUACAGAACCACUGCUUGGGCCUCGAGGAAGCCCAACAACAGCUCCAAAAGGAGAGGAGGGAGCUGGAUGCGCUGCAAAGGUCUCGGUCCACAGUCGAGUCAAAUCCAACCCACAGAGAGGACCCAGGGGAGGUUGAGGAGGGAAGUGAGCAGGAGAAAGUGUUUCAGCUGCGGCAGGAUUGCAGGAUGACGUCCAUCCUCCAGGAGGCACUCUACAAAAGGGAUCAGGUCACCACGCUGUUGGCCGAGAGGUUGCAGGAAAUGACAGGCAACAACCAAGCCAUGGAGGAUUUAAAAGAGCAAAUGGAGCUCAGGGGACUUUAUGCAAACUGUGAUCAGGACUUGGAGUUUGCCUCUCGGCUGGUGAAGCAGAGUCAGGUGUCCGCUGAGGGUCUCCUGGAGGCCCUGCGUCUCCUCCUCCCCCCGCUGCCUGAAAGCGAACUCCUCUCCAUCACUGACGCCCUUUGCCCCAAAGAGAUCCUCGUCGCAUCAUCUGCAGAGCAGGAGCAAUCCAUGUGUGCCGGGGGGCUGAACAGACUGCUUCUUGUCAAACUGAGAGAAGACGUGUUGCAUAAAAAUAUGCCAAAUAUGCCGAGCUGUGCCGUGGAAAGAGGGGGACUCCAGGAAAAGAGGCAAAGUUUUAUGGAAAAACUGCUCCCCAGAUGCCGUGACCUGGCUCCAAGAGAUGUUGCACCGUUGCUGGUCGAAGAGAACGAAGUGGAGGCCGGUUUAGGGAAAGCACGACAACAGACUACUUACAGGGCCGGGGUUACACAGCGGCAGGAGGACACUGCAGAAGGAAGUGCAGUGAACGCAGUGAAUGAAGCGUCACACGGCACAGCAGAGGACAGCGCGGUGUCCUCCUCCGGCGUCCCUGCUACAGGAGAGAGGCUGUUUGUGUUCCGCCAUCCACCUGAAACAUGUGGCAGCGCGGAGGCUCCAAAAAGGAAAAGGAGAAGGAACUUUCUCAAUCUGAAGAAAGGCUCGGUGGCUCCAACAAAUCUACCAUGAGA